UCAAACAUGUAAAGUCUAUCAUACGACAUCGUACUAAUCCUUCAAGAAAAUUGAAUAUCAAUAGAGAAAACUUUCACAUGUGAGGAAAAUUCUAUAAUGAUCAAGAAAACCAAAAACAGUCAUUAUUAGGGUACCCAAAUCAAGAAAAAACAGUUUUUUUCAUUGAUAAUAGGUUUUAAAUUUGAUGGGGUAUUGUUUUCUGGUCAGUUUGUUCUUGGGUUUUCUUGGAGAAAUCAAUUGGUCAUCUCUAAGGGGAUAAAGUUCAAAUCUUUUGUAAGUUGGUUCAAGGAAAAAGGUGGGAUCUUUACUUUGUUUACUAGUAAAAGUUACAAUUUUUGUGCAAGUUUAUACUUUGUUUAGUAGUAAAGUUGGAAUUUUUAUUAGUAUUUUGAGGUGAAAUUGGCUUGUGAGUUGUGAGGUUAGCUAUAUAUGGAGUUAAGGAGAUAAAGUUCAAAUCUUUUCCAAGUUUAUAGUGUUUACUAGUUAAGUUGAAACUAUUGUGCAAGUUUAUGCUUUGUUUGCUAGUAAAGUUGGAGGUUUUACCACUAUUUGGGGUGAAAAUGGAUUGUGAGUUGUGAAGGUAGAGGAUAAAGUUCAAAUCUUUUGCAAGUUUAUCAGGAUUCUUUUUGCUUUGUUUACUAGUAAAGUUACAGUUUUUGUGCAAGUUUAUACUUUGUUUACUGGUAAAGUUGGAACUUCUUAAUAGUAUUUUGGGGUGAAAAAUGUCUUGUGAAGGUAGGUAUAUGUGGAGUUUGAGUGGUAUUGUGGGAGCUUUUGUUGAUCUUGCUAUAGCAUAUUUCUUGCUUUGUGCAGCAACAGUAGCUUUUAUAGCAUCAAAGUUUCUUGAUUUUUUUGGUUUGAGAUUGCCAUGUCCUGGUGAUGGACUUCUUUUUGGUACUGUUCCAAAUCGGAAUUUAUGUUUUCAUAGACUCUUGGUUGAUUUCCCAGCUGAGAAAGUGUCGAAUGUCCAACUCUCCAUAAGAGCAAACUUUCCUUUUACUGAUACUAUUUUAGGGAAAGACCAGAAUUGUGAUUUGAAUUUGAGAUUAAUUGGUCAAGAAAAGGGGAAUAGUCCUCAUGGGUAUCUUGAAAUGGGUGAUGAGGCUUCAUGUAGUUCAGUAUCAGAUGCAAGAAAGUCGCAUAAUAUUGCUAUGAUUGAAUUAAGUCCAAGAAAUGAAUUUGGGCAAAAGGGGAAAGGAGUGAUGAAUCAGAGACAAAGAGGAGGGGUUCGUCGAAGAAGGCGUAAAACAGCUGUUGAUUAUGGGAGAUCUUCAUCAGUUUCAUCAUAUGAUCCGCAAUAUGAAGACUUCCCACUAGGUCCUCCAUCUCCUCCUAGUACUAAUAAAGAAGAUGGUGGCCACACUGCACUGGUUAUGAGAUUAGGCCAGAGAGACAGCUUUGAACUAACUGGAUCUUCUGAUGAAAUUGAGCACAUUGAAAAGAACGUCGCAUCCAUUGAAGAGCUGAGACAUAAUGGGGAACCAGUUUCCAGCUUCCAUGAGGAGAACAGAAUAAGACUCUUGGAACGAGCCUUAGAGCACGAACGAGAAGCUCGAGAUGCUCUUUGCAUUGAGCUGGAGAAGGAAAGAAAUGCUGCCGCGAGUGCUGCAGAUGAGGCUAUGGCCAUGAUCUUACGUCUACAAGAGGAGAAGGCAGCUAUUGAAAUGGACGCCCGGCAAUAUCAGAGAUUAAUUGAAGAGAAAUCUGCUUUUGAAGCAGAGGAAAUGAACAUUCUAAUGGAGAUCCUGAUGAGGACAGAGAGGGAGAAACACUUUUUGGAGAAGGAACUUGAAGUAUAUAGGCAGAUGACUUAUCUCGGAAAUGAAGAACCAACAGUUGAUAGUGGGAAUGUAGUGGAUGCACUAAGACGUCAUGUUGCUUCAUCUGAUCUUAAUGAGGAUCCACUUCUUAUGCUUCAUCAGAUUAGUGCUUCUUUCAACAAGAGGACUGUUGCAGAAAAUAAGAACUCCGAGGAGGUCAGUUCUCUUGAUAAACAAAACUAUAUUGCUUUGGCGGGAGAGGCACCGAUUCAAAGACAGAAUAAAGAUGUCAACUCCCAGAAGCAAGUUGACUUAACAGAGCAUCCUUGCAGUCAAGAAUAUCAGGAAAAAGAGAUGGUUUUUAUGGUUAACCACUCCGAUGUGGCACCACGGAAUGGGAAAAUACUGGACACAUCCUUGAAACCCUGUGAGACAGGUCUUUCGGAACAGAAACUUCCUGAUCAGGCCAUUCCCCUAGAAGGUGAAGUGCUAAAAGAAAAUCCAGAUAUGGAAACAAGUGACAGAGCUUGUAUUGAUGUUUCUAGAAAAGACAAGUGUUUGAAGUAUCAUGAGACAGUUGGAUAUCAGGGAUCAAAAUGUCCAUGUAAUUUGACCUCAGUCAAAGAACCUCGUGUUCACGAUGUUCAUGUCAUUGUCGACGGGUCCAACUUUUGCAAUGAUGUCAGUAAUGGUGAAUCUAGGAAAAGUGCAUUAGAAUUUUGUGGGAAAACUAGUCACCCUGUUGAAGCUUCUCCUACAGAAGAUGUUAUUAGAGAUCGUCCAAGUACUAGCACGUUGUAUACUCAAGUGGAUCUUAAAAUCAGUUCAGACACUACUGGUGGGCUUCCACCAGUGGGCUCACGUGGUAAACCUUUGCUGCGUGAUUCUCGGGGAAAUUCCGUAUGCUCAGUAGACAAUGAAAGGCUGAAAAUUGAAAUGGAAGUGGAGCGGCUUCGAGAGAGGUUAAAGAUUGUGCAAGAGGGAAGAGAGAAACUUGACUUGACUGCAGAGCAUAGAGAAAGAGAAAAGAUGCAGUUAAAGCUUUUGGAGGAUAUAGCACACCAACUUCAAGAGAUUCGGCAGCUUGGUGAACCUGAGAAGGCUGUACGACAGGCUUCCUUGCCCCUGCCAUUCUCUAAGGGCAUGUCAAAGAAAAGACGUUCUCGAAGUGUUUCUGUAGGAAUGCAGCAAAGCUCUUGAGGUAUGGUAAUUUGCAUGACGAUUACUAGAACUUGCUCAGAUCCGGGGAAGGCGGUCCAAAUAAUACUCCGUACUCCAUAUUAUUUUUCAAAGAGAUGUUGUGCAGCUCUUUGAGAAGUAGUUCUUCUUGGAACGGCCUCUCUAGAACAUGCAGCUGCUGGUAUUAAAGUGCAACUUUGGAGGACAAAUGGGGGUUAAUCCUCUACUAGGUAAGAAUAUGAAGAAAGAUUAUGACUAAGGCAGCACACAAUUUUUAUCGCUUUUCACGGCUGGUAACAACUUAUCACUCUGCUAUUUUGUUGAUCUAUAUGAAGUGUUCAAAUGUAAGAUCCCUGUUGUUUAAACCUCGGUUGUAUCUUCCAUCUUUUUGUCGAUCAUUAGAUGGUAAAGCACUGAAUCUUAGCUACUUGUACAAAAAUUACACAUUUUCUUUCUAAUAAUAAAUUAGUGGAUACUGGAUACAUUGUCUA